AUGAAUAAGCCCGCUAUUCAGUGUGGUUCGCUUUAUCAUACUUGCCGUUCCGUCCUCGAUAAACUGGCCGCCGUCGAAGGAAUGACAGAAUACCUCGAAGCCGAUUCCUUGCCGACCAUGCAGCAGGGAAGUCCUUCCAUCUCAUCCGUUUCAUCAUCCGAACCAUCCACACCGACAUUGACGAGCGGAGAUCCUUUAUCCAAGCUUUGGACCAUUUGCCGUCAGGGUUCGUCCCUCUGUACGCUUUACAACGCUCUUCAACCCAACCAGCCUCUCAGUGUCAAUAGCGAUCCCAACUUGAAUCAAAUCAACACUUGCAAAGCGAGCGUCUAUCACUUUAUCGUCGCUUGCCGUAACGAACUCAAGUUUCCUGAAGAAGAUAUGUUCACUAUUUCUGAUCUUUAUCAGGAUGAUACCAACGGUUUUGUCAAGGUUGUCAACACGAUCAGCAAAAUUCUCCAACUCUUGGAAGAUCGUGGAGUGAUUUCUGUACGAUCGUCCAAUCGAAAUUCCGAUCCCAAUGCGCCCAAAAAUAUGCGUGAUCAAGUGGUUCUGGAACUUUUAUCUACUGAACGUAAAUACGUCGAAGAUAUGCAAACCCUUCAGAACUACAUGCGGGAACUGCAGGCUCAAAAAAUUGUGUCGCCUGAUACGAUCCAUUAUUUAUUUGGCAAUCUCAAUGCAUUGAUGGAUUUCCAGCGCCGAUUUCUUAUUCAGAUGGAAGAUAUUGCAGAAAAGCCAGCAGAAGAACAACGUUUUGGUCACUUGUUUGUCCAAAUGGAAGAAGCGUUUGCCGUUUACGAACCUUAUUGCUCCAAUUACUAUUCCGCUCAAGAUCUUGUUGUGCAAGAAACGCCCAAAUUGCAACAACUGGCCAAUAUUCUGAAUCCUACUUAUGAGCUCCCUUCCUUGCUUAUCAAGCCCAUUCAACGUAUCUGUAAAUACCCAUUGUUACAGAGUCAGUUGAUCAAAAGCACCAACUGUGACUGGCCCUAUUAUGCCGAAAUGGAAGAAGGUCUCGAGGCCAUCAAACGUGUGGCGGGAAAAGUCAACGAAACUCAACGUCAACAUGAAAAUAUCCAAGCCGUCGAAGAACUCAAAAAGCGCGUCGAUAACUGGAAGGGUCAUACCAUCGAAGGUUACGGUAAUCUUUUGGUGCAGGACAAAUUGUUGAUGUCCAGUAACGACAGCGAACGAGAACUCCAUGUCUUCCUUUUCGAAAAAGCACUCUUGAUCUGCAAAGAAAGCAAAGAUUCGUCUCGCAAUCGAUUGACCAAGAAUAACACGCUGUCCAUGAAGAAAAAGCGACGAGGCAGUCUUCAACCGAAGGCCAUGAUUCUCACCAGCCGCAUCCUCACCGUGCAUAACAAGUCAAACAAUGGCAUGUGGGUAUUGCAGGUCGAAUUCCGAGAUCGCGAAAUUGAACAAUUCACGCUCAAAUUCCGCAAUGAGGAGAAACUCAAACUCUGGGAGACGACGUUGAACAAGAUCAAAUCACACAACAAGUCAAACGUACCCAAUACCCAUUUGACGUCCAUGUCGCUCCCUGGCACGCCCACUCAAUCGGUAAUGAAUAGAGAUGAAGGUUAUUACUUGGAGGAAGACGAUGAUGAUGAGGAGGAUGAUUACUACGACGAUGAGGAAGACGAUUACUACCAAGCCCGUGCCAACGGUAAUGGGGUGUUGCCACUGAAUCGACCCAGAGUAGGGUCCACACAGUACGAUCCCAGUUGGAAAUCCGGGUCCAUCUCUUCCCAGGGCGGUCGUCCUUUCCAUAACAUGCCAGGUAUGAAUCUGUCUCCUCUGCCCCGAAGCAGUUCCAGUGUCAGUACCAGUGCCAGUUCGUCGCCUCCCAUCAACUACGGAGCGUAUCCCGCCUCUCCUCCACCUUCCAACCCUUCAUCGCCAACCACCUCACGCGUGUCCACAGGCAAUUCGAGUCCCGUCUGGCCCCGUCGUGAAGAUGGCAGUUUCCCGCUCGCCAACAUCGCCUCCAAGUUUAUGAACGGUGGAGAUCUGAGCGACGACCAUCGUCAGCAUCCUUUACCGAUUGGUCGCAGUCAUUCACAAUCAGCGGCCGCAACCGGUCCGGGUGGCAUUCCUUUGGGAGCAUACCCUCAACCGCCUUUGCCUGCAAGUCAAACACGUUUACGAUCGCAGAGCAGUCCCAAUAUUCACAAAAACUCGCAUGGCCAUUGGGAUGAAUUACCUCAAAUUCCCAUCAGUUCACGCACACUGUAUCAGCACGCCGAUACCGGUUCACCUGGAUUGUCGCCUCGUCUAGCCGACGCCGCCACCUCUCAGUCAUUGCAAUCUCAGAUCGAUCGCGUUGUCAAUGCUGUGCCCAGUUCGCCCGGGACCGUCAAAGUGAAACUCAGCUAUAAUGAUGGCAUUUACGUGAUUGUGAUCCCGCAAGAAGUCACCUUCUACGAGCUGAUGGAGAAAGUGGAAAAAAAGAUUCGUUUCGUGGCCAAUUUGCGAUCCGACGAUAUUCUGCGCUUGAAAUAUCAAGACGAGGAUGGAGAUUUUAUCACCAUCAAUUCAGACGAAGAUGUUCAAAUGGCUUUCGAAAGUCGCGGAGUCAACAACACCGUCAAUCUGUUCGUUUGUCUUUGA